UUGUCGUCUGGCGCCGAGUGCUGCGAUACAUAAAAUGGCUACGAAUCCACAAGAGGGCAGGUUUGUGACACUGGAGCACUUUAUCCACGACACGUUUACCCGCAUAGAUGAUACUGGCGCAGAGAAGCCGGUAGAUCAGCCUGACCAAAUCGGAGGGGGAGGAACAUUUGGUUCGUCCGCUUGAUGUCCUAAUGACAGCUCGCUCACCCAUGCCCAGCCAUCAUCGGCGCUCGCAUCUUUCUGUCACCUUCCAAGCUCGGCUUGAUCAUAGACCACACGCCUGAGACUCUACCCGAGACAUUGAAAGAUGAUCUCAAGGCGUACGGAGCGGAGAUGUGGGAAUUUCGUGAGCGCAAGGACGGCAAUCCUACGACGAGGGCCGUGAACCGGUACCAGGGGGACAAAAGAGGAUUCGAAUACCUUUCCAAGCCUCUCAUAUUGACUCCCAAGUCUCUAGAAGGGACAGCUUUCGGAGACCCUUUGCCAGCUGUCACUCAUUUCAUCUCUUACCCCGCACCUCGCGCGGCAAACAUUCUGGGCGAAGUGGAAGCUCUCAAGAAGAGCAAGGGGUGGGAUCCUCUCAUCGUAUGGGAGCCUGAGGAAGAACAGAUUGACGCUGUCACUGCCCUCGCUCCCCACAUUGACAUCUUGGGGCCGAACCACAAUGAAGCCCUCGCCCUGUACGCCCUCUUCACCGGCCCGGAGUUUACAGAUGACGAUCUCAAACCCAUCUUGACCCGUGUCUGUCGCUCCCUCGUGCACCUUCGACCUCGUAUAGGCGCCAUCAUCCGUGCUGGCCAUAUGGGGUGCUGUUACGCGGCGCCAGACCCAAAAGGGUACAGGCCGGAGGUGCAGUGGGUGCCGGCUUACUGGGGAAAAGACGCUGGGAGAGAAGGCUGGGAGAAGAAGGUGGUGGAUCCUACAGGGGCGGGUAAUGCGUUUAUGGGCGGGGUCGCUGCUGCUUUGCUAGAAGGGAAGACGUUAGACGAUGCUGUCAAAUGGGGUACUGUUGCUGCGUCAUUCGUCAUUGAACAGAACGGGCUGCCUACGUUGACCAAGGGAGAAGAUGGAAAAGAGCUCUGGAACGGGGAAGACCCCUGGGAGAGACUCAAAGCUCUGUAACGUAGGAUCUCGCGGUGUAGAUGCUGUCUGAAUACUGUCUUGAUGUGCUAUGCAUUGCUUGUCUAGAG